AUGGAUUCUGAAAACAAGAUCUCCGUUACCACUACUGAUAUCAACAAACCUUUUCGAUUUGAGGGGCUGCAUUUUAAACGUUGGAAGCAAAAGAUGUUUUUCUUUCUGACUACUCAAAAACUUGCUGCAUACUGUGAUUCGACUAAACAUGUUGCUGCGAAUCCACCUACUACUGAAAACACCAAAGAAAUUUCAAAAUGGACCAAUGAAGAUUUUUUGUGCAAGAACUAUAUUCUGAAUGCUUUGACUGAUGAGCUUUACGAUUAUUAUUCCACCUUUGACACUGCUAAAGAACUUUGGGAUGCCCUCCAGAAAAAGUAUGACACCGAAGAGGCUGGGACUAAGAAAUAUGUUGUUCAUCGUUACUUGAAGUUUUCAAUGAUUGAUGAAAAAUCCGUGGUUUCCCAGGCUCACGAUUUACAGAAAAUUGCUCAUGAAAUUCUUACUGAGGGCAUGUCUAUUUGUGAACAAUUUCAGUUUGCUGUUCUUAUUGAUAAACUGCCUCCUAGUUGGAAAGACUUUAAAAAAGAUCUCCGUCAUAAGUCAAAAGAUUUUUCAAUGGAAAAUUUGAUUGUUCGGCUCCGAAUUGAGGAGGAGGCACGGAAACAGGAUCAGAAGGAUGAGGUUCUCUUUGUUGCAAACAAAAAGAACCACAGUUCGGCUGUGCUCAAACCGAAAGGAGGAAUUACGAAGCCAAAUCAGAACUAG